CGCGUUCAUAUUUGAAAUUGUCCCUCGCCUGGUGCCGUAGUAAACAGUGAUGGCUUCCUCCGAGACGCAGCCUCGCUUCGGUCAAUCUGUUAAAGGUUUAUUGUCUGAUAAAGUCACUUCUUGCAGUGGAGAUGUGAUCGCUCUAACCCGUCAAGUGUUGAAAGGAUCCAGGAGCCAAGAACUACUCAGUCAGGCAGCAAGAAAUAUGGUAAUUCAAGAAGAUGCAAUUCUGCAUUCUGAAGAUAGUCUACGGAAGAUGUCUAUUAUAACAACCCACUUGCAGUAUCAGCAAGAGGCCAUUCAAAAGAAUGUAGAACACUCCAAAAACCUGCAGGACCAGCUCAAACACUUGAUGAAAUAAUGGAGCCCUUCUAAUAACAUGCUGUGGAUAUCGCAUUCUCUAGUGUUUCAUUGAUUUUUAACAGUAGAUCACAUCACUUUUUGAGACUGCAGAUGAUGGGUUAUUGCAUAGCAGAUUGAUAGUU